CCUUUGGGUUUAACAGUAGGAACAACUUCCACUCAACUGCUGUCCAUCCUGGCAACAACACGACUCUCACUCUACACAACAACAUUUUCCGCAUCAUGUCACCACCCGCAAACGGACUCAUCGCCUCCAUACAAAGCUUCCAUCGACACCUUGUCACCACGACUCUACGAUCAGCCAAACUCAUCGGGUAUGUGGAGGAAUGGUUCAUGUUACGGUGUAUAUAACCUUCAGGACCCAACGGUUAGAAAGGUCGCCUUUUUGUAUUGCUGCAGGGCCGCGACAGUUCAUAUCCACACGCAACCGACACGGCUGCGAGAUGGUCUCCAUUAUCCUCUUCGCCAUCCUCCUGUACGUUCUAUACCUCAAGGUCGCGCACAUGGUUCUUCAGGCCCGGUUCAACAUAGCUUCACGACAGCCUCAGGAUGUUGGUCAGUCAUCAUCUGUUAGGUUCGGUGGUAAGAUCGAUAUCGGUACUCUGAUGGCCAUCGAGUGCCUGCGGUAUUAUGGCGCUGAGUACUUCUUUUUGGUGGGGUUAGUUAUGUCUGUGGCUCUUGUUCGAGACCAGCGCCUUUUUUGGCUUUGACUUAUUCAUGAAGGCGCUCAGCAACUUGAUUUGACGUAUUUACGUGAUGCGACUGGGUCAUUUAGAUGGACUUCCUGGCACCUAUGCUAGAUUUAUCGGCGAUAUGCACAGUAGGAUUGCUUUG